CCGGAGGAAGAGCAGAAUCAACUGAACUACAGAAGAAAUGAAAAUAUUCUCCUGAAAUUCACCACCAACAACCAGGAUAUUUAUCAAAAGAUCAAAGUUAAACUGCUGAAAGAGGGGAAGCACAAGCAAUCCUGAAGAAUCUGGAGAACACACAAAAAUAGUUUGCUACAUUUAACAGACAAAUAAAGCCAAAUCCCGACAUGGAGAAACAUCAGCACUCUGUCAAGAGUUUUACUAAACAGAGUACUCUCAAAAUACACCAGCGCAUUCACACAGGAGAGAUACCGUAUUACUGCUCAGACUGUGGGAAGAGUUUUACUGAACAGAGUACUCUAAAAAUCCACCAGCGCAUUCACACAGGAGAGAAACCGUAUCACUGCUCAGACUGUGGGAAGAGUUUUAAUCAACAGGGUCCUCUCAAACUGCACCAGCGCAUUCACACAGGAGAGAAACCGUAUCACUGCUCAGACUGUGGGAAGAUUUUUACUACUCAAAGUGAACUUAAACAACACCAGCGCAUUCACACAGGAGAGAAACCAUAUUACUGCUCAGACUGUGGGAAGAGUUUUAAUCAACAGAGUACUCUCAAAACACACCAGCGCAUUCACACAGGAGAGAAACCGUAUCGUUGCUCAGACUGUGGGAGGAGUUUUACUACCCAAAGUUAUCUCAAAAAACACCAACGCAUUCACACAGGAGAGAAACCGUAUCACUGCUCAGACUGCGGGAAGAGCUUUAAUCGACUGGGGACUCUCAAACUGCAUCAGCGCAUUCACACAGGAGAGAAACCGUAUCACUGCUCAGACUGUGGGAAGAGUUUUAAUCAACAGAGUCAUCUCAAACGACACCAGCGCAUUCACACAGGAGUAAAACCAUAUUACUGCUCAGACUGUGGGAAGAGUUUUACUACCCAGAGUGAUCUUAAAAAACACCAGCGCAUUCACACAGGAGAGAAACCUUAUUACUGCUCAGACUGUGGGAAGAGUUUUGCUACACAGAGUCAACUUAAAAAUCAUCAGCGCAUUCACACAGGAGAGAAAACUGUCCCAAAUUUGUUCCACGGCAAUAAAAAGUGCAAAUCGUAAAUCUUUCAGACAGAACACCUUAUCCUACACAAAUGUUUCACUUUGUUACUUGGGACACGUUCCACCAGAAACAAACAUGAACUGAAUUUAACAACGGAUUUUACAGGUUCAGCAAAAUGAAUCUGAUCCAGAUGAUGUUUAUUGAAAUUAAUGUUAUGUUUUCUCGUACGUUUGAUAUUCCAGGACAUUCUCUCGUUGAUGUACUUUUACUCUUUUCUAAUAUAUAUUUAUAUAUAUAUGUAAUGCUGAAACUAUUUUUCCAGUAAACUUUCAUACAUUUUAUAUUCUAA